AUGGCGGAGGAACUAGCGGAUGCGAUAAGAAAGUUUGAUCUUUCAGAUAAAGAGCUCGAAGGAACUGACCUGGGUGUUGUUGAGAUAGAUAUAGGUAUCCAAGAAUGUCAGUUGAGUUUAGUGGGGAGAAUCAAGGGUGAGAAAGUGGCCAACUUUGUUGGGGUCAAGAAUUUUGUGACCACAGCUUGGGGCUAUCCGAGGAAUCUAAGGAUCAUAGAAUUGGGGCCAAAUUUGUUUCAGUUCUAUGUUCCUAAUAGGGAGGACAGAGACAGAAUAGUAGGAGGAGGACCAUGGGUCAUGGACAACCAAAUUUUGGUGAUGAAACAUUGGGUGGAAGGAAUAGAAGAUGAUAUUUCUGCUUUUGACCUGGCACCUUUCUGGGUUCAAGUAUGGAAUUUACCUGUGCACUGGAUAUCUAAGGAAGUGGGGAGGAAAAUAGGUGCGAUCUUUCAGGAGGUAAAGGACGUACUGGUGCCUCAAGUAGGAGGAAAAGAAGGAAGACAUUUAAAGCUUCUAGUGGUACUGGAUACCUCUCUACCUCUGCUUAGGGGGACGACAGUGAAAGUCAAUGGAGCCUUGAAAUGGUUGAAUUUCAGAUAUGAAAGGUGUCCAGACUUCUGUUACAAGUGUGGAAUGGUUGGCCAUGGAGAGAAGUCCUGCAAGGCAAUAAUACAGAUAAGCAGAGGAAAGCAGGAACAUCAGUAUGGACCAUGGAUGAGAGCCAAUAUAGGGAGAGGCUCUCCGCAGAAGGAACAUCAGAACAAGUACAAUUCUGAGAAGAGCUAUUGGGGCUUUAAAGAUGGGGAUAUGGUUCUGUUAAACCAAAGGCUAAGGAGAACAUGGAACACAGACAUAAGGACUCGAUGA